CUGAUUAUUGAUCAACUUCCCCCCAUGAGUUAUAUGUAUUAUCUGUAAAAUGUACUUUUGUUUCGUUUCAUCUUUAUCAUAACAUGGUUAUCAUGCAGUACGAAGAGUAUGGAGAAGAAUUUAUUGAUAUGCUGGAUGGGAUGUUCUCCUUUGUGCUUCUUGACACAAGAGAUAAAAGCUUCAUUGCUGCUCGUGAUGCUAUAGGCAUUACCCCUCUUUACUUGGGAUGGGGGCUUGAUGGAUCGACAUGGUUUGCGUCUGAAAUGAAAGCUAUAAGUGAUGAUUGUGAGAGAUUCAUAUCUUUUCCGCCAGGGCAUAUAUAUUCCAGCAAACAGGGAGGAUUAAGAAGAUGGUACAAUCCACCAUGGUUCACAGAGCAAAUUCCAUCAACACCCUAUGAUCCUCAGAUCCUACGUCAAGCCUUUGAAAAGCUGCACAACAGUGGGGAUCGCAGUUGCAUACUUUCUAUAUUGGUUUAAAGGGCUCUCCAGAUUUGAAAUUUGCAAAAGAGGUAGCAGAUUAUCUUGGUACUCGACAUCAUGAACUUUAUUUCACAGUUCAGGAAGGUAUAGAUGCACUUGAAGAAGUCAUUUACCACAUU